AUGAUUAGUCCUCCUGUGAAGAUUUCCUUGGAGAUUCAAAAACAAGACUCAAAGAAGGAAGUUGCUCAAUAUGAGGACGAGCUGCCUCCUGGUGCAGUGGAAAUCAAAAGGCGAUCCAGGGUCCCUGGUGUUAUGAUCACACAGUUUGUGGAGGAGGUUCCAAAAGGUUUCACAACUCCAGAUUUCACACGCAAGCCAUUUGGAGUAACCGUUCCACAGGGCAAAUCUGCCCUCUUUAGAGCAGUUGUGACAGGAGAACCAGCUCCAAAUGUGACAUGGUCUCGGAAUAAAGGAGAUACUGCUGAUCCGGAAAAAUUCAAGGCCCGAUAUGAUGACAAGAUGGGAGAGUACAUUUUUGAGAUAUUGAGCGUUGCUGCUGAUCAUGCAGACACCUAUAGGUUCUUUGCUGCAAAUCCCUAUGGAAGAGCUGUGUGUACUACAACUUUGAAUGUUACUGAUGAUUCAAAAAAUGGACCAGAAGAUUUUAGAAAACUUCUUAAAAAAACAAAAAAGCCCAAGAAAGUAGUACAAACAGAAGGAAAAAUUGACCCAGCUUUCUGGGAAAUUAUAUUAUCUGCUCCCAAGAAAGACCAUGAACGCAUUUGUCAUGAGUAUGGAGUGACAGACUUCCGUUGGCUGCUGAAGAAAUUGAAGACCAUGAAAGCCGAAAGAGAGAAGGAACAGGCAAAGUAUGUUGAGAAAGUGGAAAAUGUGAAACAGAUUGAAGUGAGAACUGAUGGAAGGGCUGAAUUUGAGGUUGACAUGCAGCUGAAGGACCCUAAUAGUCAAGUGUUCCUCUUUAAGGAUGGUAUCAUGCUUGAUUAUGGAACUGGCAAUGAUAAGAAACAUAAUCUUGAGAAAAAAGGCAAUAAGUAUCUAUUCAGCAUCAAAGAUCUUGGACCAGAUGAUGCUGGGCUUUAUCAAGUUGAUGUAGAAGAUGCCAAUGUGCUCUCAACUAAUUUCAAAGUUCCUGAAGUUGAAUUUGCCUCCGCAAUUCAAGACUGCAAAGCCAAGGAAGGCGAAACAGCUACAUUUGAGUGUGUCCUUUUUACUCCAGUUGAUAAGAUCAUGUGGUAUAGAAAUGAUAUUGCAAUGGAAGACGAAGCAAAAUAUGACAUCACUGUUUCAGAAGACAAUCUAACUCACAAACUUGUGAUAAAAGACCUUGACCUGGCAGAUCAAGGAACCAUUACUGCCAUAGCCGGUAUUGUCCCAUGCAGAGCUUCACUGAUUGUUAUAGUCUUUUUUUAUUCUUUAAAUCAGAGGAUCCAAACCGACGCAGAGGCAAAGGAAGUGGUGAUGAUGAUGAGGCAGCGAGACUCGCAGCAGAGAGGGCCAGACUCCAGAAGGAGAAGGAUGAUCUGGAGGCCAAGAGAAGGGCUCAGGCAGAGAGAGACGCAGCUGCAGCAGCAGCAGCAGGAGCUGGGUCCGGGUCCGGAGCAGAUGGAUCAGGAGAUGGAUCAGGAGAUGGAUCAGGAGAUGGAUCUGGAGAUGGAUCUGGAGAUGGGUCUGGAGAUGGGUCUGGAGAUGGGUCUGGCUCUGGUGUGGACGGUGACGGUUCAGGAGAUGGCAAAAAUAAGAGUGACGGGACAGGCGAUGUUGUCGGACACAUACGCAAUUCGUGGGAAACCAGCGGAAAUGGCUUGUACUCUUAGCAGUGAAGUUGACGGAGCCUGGAGCAAAGGUGGGGAGAAGUUGAUCAGUACAGAUGGAAUGACCAUUAUUAAUGCCGCUGCCAGUCAUAAACUAAUAAUUAAAAGUGCCGAAGAUGGUCACGCUGGGCAAUAUGCUUUUGAAGUUGAAGAAAUUAAAACUGAGGCAUCUUUGUUUGUUGGAGAUUUGCCUGAAUUUGAUGCUGACAGCCUACAGAAGUUCUCAAAGCCAGUCAUUGUAAAGGCGGGCCAGACUGCAUCAUUCAAAAUGCAGUUUACCCCACAAGACAACCUUGAAGUCAGAUGGUUCAAAGGUGGUGCUGCACUAAAUGACGGAGGGGGGGUCAAGAUCCAGAAAGAGCCCAAUCACAGUCGUCUUGUAAUGAAAGACUGUAUUCGCAGUGACACAGCAAAAAUCAAGAUUCAACUCAAAACCCCUUUUGGUGUCGUUGAGGCCAAUUCCCAACUCAUUGUUUUAGACAAGCCAGGGCCACCAGAAGGUCCAGCAGAAAAUAUUGACAGCAAAUCUUCCAUUAUUGAGCUGCAGUGGAAACCUCCAAAAGACGACGGCGGCUCAGCAGUGACAAACUACAUCAUAGAGCGACAGCAAGUGGGUCAGCCCAUGUGGAAGAAAGUGGCAGAUGUCUCAGCAGACCGACUGACAUUCAGAGACCGUGGCGUCACACAUGGAAGGAAAUAUGUUUAUCGCAUAUAUGCUGAGAAUCCCGAGGGAAUCGGGGAACCGCUAGUGUCAGAGAACAUCAUAGCUGGAACCCUGGUGUUUCCAGGUCCACCAUCUGCACCAAAGGUGGAAAGUGCUUUCAAAAACUGCAUCAAUUUAACAUGGGACCCUCCAGCCAAUGAUGGAGGAACGAAAAUCAUUGGAUAUCAAGUGGAAAAACGCAAGAAAGACACAAAUCAGUGGAUUGCUCUGAACCCAGCAAAUGAGCCAAUUGAAGCCCUGAAAUAUGCUGCUAAAGAUAUAUCUGCGGGAUCAGAAUAUGAGUUCAGAGUGUCAGCCAUCAAUGAGUCAGGGGUUGGAGAACCAAGUCCACCCUGCGAAAUGGUGUGUGCAAGAAACCCCAAGAUGAAACCACAGUUCAAACAUACAGAGGAUUUUAUGGUCAUAAGAGCAGGAAAUUCCCUGAGAAUCAAGAUCAAUUAUGAGGCUGAGCCGCAGCCUGAUAUCACCUGGUUAAAAAACGAUGAACCCAUAUCUCCAUGGAUUAACAUCAUAAAUGUUGAGGGGUCAUCAACACUGGUGAUUCCUUCAUCGAAACGCUCAGAUUCUGGAUUCUACACUAUUGUGGCCAAGAACUCCAGUGGCUCUACCACAUUUGAUAUUGAGGUUCGAGUUACAGAUGAACCUAAACAACCAGGUCCAGUGGCAUUAGAACAACUUGUCCAUGGGAAAGUAAUCAUCACCUGGGAACCCUCUCCUGACCAGGAGUUGGAUGACCGCCUGCACUACAUGGUGGCUGAACACGAGUCCAACACCCGUAUUUGGCACACCAUUGCUGAUCGCCUCUUCUGCAACACUUUCACUGCAAACGUACAUUCUGGGAGAGAGUACCAUUUCCGCGUUUAUGCCAAGAAUGACAUGGGUCUGUCAGAUCCAUCCCCAUCACCCACCUGGGGUGUCAAUAGCAACAAAGUUGCAGCAACAACAAAUUUCCCAGUGUCAGUGUCCUUAGAGAGGCCUCCAUCCAUCAUGGUUCCUCUGAAAGUCCAUACUCCACCAAAAGGCUACCAGUGCUUCAUGACAUGCGCUGUCCGUGGCUGCCCAAAGCCAUACAUCUUCUGGUACUUGAAUGGCAUCUGUAUCAACCGCAACAAAAACUACUACAUCACCAACGCCCAUGGUAUCUGCUCCAUGUACAUCCUCAGAGUCAGCUCCAGUGACAGCGGAGAGUAUAAGGUGGUGGCAAUCAACUCAUAUGGCACUGCGGAGUGUUCCACUAUCGUCAACGUUACAGGCCUCAGGCCCCUCCUCCUCCUGGACAAUAGGCCAGAGGUGGAGAGGUGGAAAGAUUGA